AUGUCACUGCAGCAAAAGGCUGAAGCUCUCAGGCAAACGAUCGAUAGUCUCCUUGUGGCGGGAAUUGACAUAGCGGUUCCAAUUCUCAGGGUCGUCAAUGCUACCGCUGACUGGUGUCCCCCUCUCAAAAUGGCCACUGGCGGUGCACUCUCCAUCCUCGACGAGAUUAACAAGUUCAAGGAGAACAAGGAGCAAUGGACUAAUUUUGGUGAAUACAUAGCUAGCACUACGGCCAAGGUAGUCUCAGCCAUAAAGUCUUAUGAUGUGUCAGCGAAAGAGGCAACAUCAUGGGUGGAGGGCAUCACAGAGCUUGGGAGUGCACUACAGGAGAUCCAGUCCGAAAUCGAACGAAGACUUAGAAAAUUGGAGGAACGCUCAGCUGUAAGAAAUGCAUGGACUUACUCGAAAGACCCAGGAAGAAUUGAGGGCCUAAAGAGAGAUUUUGACAAAGCGUUGGCAUCGUUUCAGCUUAGGACGAAUUUAACAAUUGGUGUCAAAUUAUCGACCAUAGAGGACAGCUUAGACCGCCUGGAGAAUGACCCGAUCCUUUGUGAGAGAACUAGCAUAGGAUUAGCGCUCAGUUCACGAAAGUAG